GCUGCCGCGUCGGCACCAGCUGAAUGGGCGGUGGCGGAGCAUGUGUGAGCCGCUGAGGCUGCCGCGCGCCCGGGACGCGGAGAGUGCAUGCCUCUCCCGGGCCAGACGGUGAGGCCGGAGAGGACGUGGCGGCGGCGGCGGAGGGGAAGAGCAGCGGGAGGCAGGCUGGGCAUCCCUCUCGGGGGCUGGAGGGCCCCGGCUUGGCGGGGGUUAUGGCAUCGCUUGCGGACCGAAUGCGAGGCAACGGGCGCAUCGCCGCUGGGCUCCUGCUCAACCUACUGGUGUCCAUCUGCAUCGUGUUCCUCAACAAAUGGAUCUAUGUGCACCACGGCUUCCCUAACAUGAGCCUGACCCUGGUGCACUUCGUGGUCACCUGGCUGGGCUUGUACAUCUGCCAGAAGCUGGACAUCUUUGCCCCCAAAAGUCUACCGCCUUCCAAACUCCUCCUCCUGGCCCUCAGCUUCUGCGGCUUCGUGGUCUUCACCAAUCUCUCUUUGCAGAACAACACCAUAGGCACCUAUCAGCUGGCCAAGGCCAUGACCACGCCGGUCAUCAUAGUCAUCCAGACCCUCUGCUACAAGAAAACCUUCUCUACCAAAAUACAGCUCACGCUGAUUCCUAUAACUUUAGGUGUAAUCCUAAAUUCUUAUUACGAUGUGAAGUUUAAUUUCCUUGGAAUGGUGUUUGCCGCUCUUGGUGUUUUAGUUACAUCCCUUUAUCAAGUGUGGGUAGGAGCCAAACAGCAUGAAUUGCAAGUGAACUCGAUGCAGCUGUUGUACUACCAGGCCCCAAUGUCCUCCGCCAUGUUGCUGGUCGCCGUGCCCUUCUUUGAGCCAGUGUUUGGAGAAGGAGGAAUAUUUGGCCCCUGGUCAGUGUCCGCAUUGCUUAUGGUGCUGCUCUCUGGAGUAAUAGCUUUCAUGGUGAACUUAUCGAUUUAUUGGAUCAUUGGGAACACAUCACCAGUCACCUAUAACAUGUUUGGACACUUCAAGUUCUGCAUUACUUUAUUUGGAGGAUAUGUUUUAUUUAAGGAUCCAUUGUCAAUUAACCAGGGUCUUGGCAUGUUAUGCACAUUAUUUGGCAUUCUCGCCUAUACCCAUUUGAAACUCAGUGAACAGGAAGGAAGUAAGAGUAAACUGGUACAGCGUCCAUAAUUGGGUUUUGGUGGAGAAAAGAGAGCCACCCCAAGAAGAUAAAAAAGUGUUAAUUCAGUGUGCAAGUUACUUUCAAAGAGGAAGAAAAAAUUAUAUUGCAAAAUCCAUUGAAUGAUGGUUUGCAAGAAGUAGGACAAAGGACAUUUUAUUCAUAAAUAGGACUUUCUCUUUUAGAGUACCUCUAAGACCACAGCUCCCUGCUUCUUUUCAAAGAUUGAUUAUAUGAAGUCUCUAGGAUGGCUUGAUUAUGCCAAAUAAAAUACAUGAAAUUGAAGUUCUAUAAUAGUGACAGAGGGAUCCAGAUCACUGUACUACCAAUGUGUUGUGGUUUGUAGGUGUCCAUACCCUUCUAAGGAAGGGCAGGGAGGACUCCUCUGCUUGCUCAUAGGUGGCCCCCAGUGUGAGCUCUUUUAUAAUUUCAGCCAAAGCGUUCAAGUCAGAAUUUAAAUCUAGCAUUUCUCUUUUAGUUGGUUUAGUACAACUUCCUGCUUAUUUCGCUUACAGAAAUGAAAUAUCAGUCAUAGAAAGCAAGGUGUAGGAGAGAAGACCCUAAGAGAAAAUCCAAAUCUAAAAGUACCAUAUUUCCAGUAGAAAAUUGAUACAAGAAGUUACACAUUAUCCAGAAAACUACGGUUGCUAUAGGUGUUCGCUUGUUUCUGAGCUCUCAGUGAACUCUAGAAACUGUAUGUGACAUUGAAAAAUACAAUAGCUGCAUGUUUAAAUGGCCCAAAGAGGAGACUAUGCAUGGAACUGAGCAGGUGUCUUAUCCUGUUCUGUUGGCCUUGUCGAGCAUUUCAUGUUGGUCAUUUCUUACUACCACCUCCCUGCUAUCACCCCCUGCCUCCCACAUUGGAGGCAGGCCUGGAGCUUUCUUUGGCACUAAAGGCUUUGUAGUGAACUCUCUUUCUAGGGUGGCUGAGGAAGAUUUUCAUGCAACAAGUCAGGGCAAAUACUAUCCAAACAUUAAGGAGAAGCUUGGUGAAAAUAUGAGGAAAGAUUUUAAAGAGAAGUAGAAAAAUAGUCAAUAUUUGCCCAGUUCCAUUAGUUUUUAAAGGGAUCAUUUUUAAAAAUUAGGUUACAAGGGAAAUACAGGGUUUCCACUUAAGGAAAUGUAGUGUCACACAUUUCCUUGCAAAAUGUGUUUCUGCCUUCCAGCUUCUUGAUAGUUGAGCAUUAAAAGCUGUUGUUAACUUCUCACGAUAAAUUGACUGAGACAGUCCCUCUUGUAAUAAAUCUUUUAAAAAUAUUACAUAUAAACUUUAAAUGAAAAAACAACUCUUAAGACAAAGAGCCACAUAUAAAAAAAUAGACCUUUUAGGGUUUUUUUUUUUUUUCCUGGCCUGUUUGAAAGGAAAAGCCUCACUGAAAAUCUGUUUUGACAGAAUUUCAAACUAUCGGUCAGUUAUCAGGUGACCAGUAUGUGUGAUCUUCUGUUUUUGUUUUAAAUAUUCUUUGGUUCUCAGUUUCUAAAGAUAUAUUUUAUUGUGUUAAGAAUUAUGAAGCAAUCUGUCUUACCAGAUGAGUCUCAGGCAUUAUGUUUGUCUAAGAAAUGUUCUCUGUGUGUGUUUAAUAUCUAAUUAUUUCCCCAAAGCUGGAGAAAAGUAUUUCUAUGCAGUGAGGAUUAUAUGACUUCUGCACACAGACAGCUGAGUUGAUUUGUGCUAUGUGGAAAUUCUUUUAACUAUAAAUACUUGGGGGGUAUAAUCAAUGUUGGGGCGGGUUAUAAUAAAUGACUGCUGUCAAUAGGAAUGCAAUAAAAAGACUGGAGCAAGAUAGGGUAAGGGUAUGUGUAUAUAGAAGUGAAUAAAAUAUGUACUGGAACUGGAGUCUGAUCAACGUUUUUUGUCCUGAAGAUGAUCUGCGCACUGAAAAGGAAAUCCCUCGGGGAAAUGACCAGGCCCAGUCACAGAAACAAACCAGAAACAGUGCCGUGGAUGAACACCCACUGUCCUUUUGUUACAGAUGUAACUGUGCUGGGUUUUAAUUCUAUGUUAAAUGGCCGAACUUCAGUUUUUAUCUGUUACAAAUAAAGAGAACCUGAUAUUUUUACUUUCA